CAGCCGAGGUCCCAGCCCCCCCCCCCCCCUGGACUCCUCCCAUGGCGAUCCCUCCUCCCCGGAUCGCGGGGGGCGGCGGCGGCCGCAAGCCGAGGGUGCCGCCCCUCCCGCCGGCGAGGACCCUCCUGACCGCCUUGGCUGCGGUGGCGGCGCUGGCCGUCCUCUGCAUCCUCUCCUCCUCGUCCCCCGCCGCCUCGCUGUCGGGUUCUUGGAGAUCCGGGGCCAGGAGUGGCAACAGGUAUCUGUACUGGGGCGGGCGCGUCGACUGCCCCGGCAAGCACUGCGGCUCCUGCGCCGGGCUCGGGCACCAGGAGUCCAGCCUCCGCUGCGCCCUCGAGGAGGCACUCUUCCUCGGCAGAAUAUUUGUCAUGCCCUCAAGAAUGUGCCUAAGCUCAGUACAUAACACAAAGGGGGUCCUCCAGAGCAAUGCAACUUCAAAGCAAAGAUGGGAAGAGAGUUCUUGUGCGAUGGAUUCUCUAUAUGAUAUGGAUCUCAUCUCAAGAACAGUACCUGUUAUUCUGGACAAUUCCAAGGCAUGGCAUGAUACAGUAUCAGGAAGUAUGAAAUUAGAAGAGGGAGUUGUGGUACAUGUGCAAGGAAUUAGCAGAGCUAAACUCAAAGAAAAUCCCCUGUACUCUUCAGCUCUCAUAAUAAACCGUACUGCAAGUCCUCUUGCUUGGUUUAUGGAGUGCAAGGAUCGCAAAAACCGCAGCUCUGUGAUGUUAUCCUACACCUUUUUGCCAAGUAUGCCAGCAAAAAAAUUGAGGGAUGCAGCAGAUAAGAUGAAAGAAAUACUUGGUGAUUACGAUGCUAUUCAUGUUCGACGAGGUGAUCUACUGAAAAAUAGGAAAGAUCGAUUUGGCGUUGAACGGAGCCUUCAUCCUCAUCUAGAUAGGGACACCCGCCCUGAGUUUAUCAGAAAGAGAAUUGCAAAAUGGAUUCCACCAGGUCGAACUCUAUUCAUUGCCUCAAAUGAAAGAACACCAGGCUUCUUUUCACCUCUGUCAGACAGGUAUAAGUUAGCAUACUCAUCCAACUUUAGUAGCAUAUUGGAGCCAGUAAUUGAGAACAAUUAUCAGCUAUUCAUGGUGGAGAGGCUAAUGAUGCAAAGAGCAAAGACAUUUGUCAAGACAAUGAGGGAAUUUGACAGUGAUCUCACCCUUUGCGAUGAUCCCAAAAAGAACACCAAAGUUUGGCAAAAACCAGUGUAUACAGAUGAUUGAUGGCCGCUGGCCACCGAUUGAGAAACUUGAAGGUGUCACAGAAACAUGAAGGUUUGACACGGAUACCUGAUUUGCUAUUUUCGCAGGAAACAGACUGAAAUCAAUCAGCACCGGUGGAAACUCCACCUGGGAUUCGUUGCAGCACGUUUGUUCAUACACACCACGUGUCCUUAUAUUCAGAAAAGGCCAAAGGUGUUAAAUCGUUUAUUCAUUCUUUUGCAAUUAGGGAGUAGGUUACAUUAGAAGUUAUGUUUGCAGAUUUAGGAUGCAUAUAUAUCAUUAUCCUUCUGUAUAUUAUUUGUGUAAGAAUCUACUGGCACCUUGGGGCUUCAAUUGUGGAGAAUACCGUUAACUGGUUCUCUUUUUCUA